GUCAUAAUAUGCAACUUAGUGUUUAUUAUCUCAUUAAUCACACUCUAAUCUCCUUGGCUUGGUUAUUGUGUUUGAUAAUAUAGUGCACUCCCACAAACCAAGUAUGAAGGGAUCUAGGAGCCAAAAGAAUGUCAUUUUGCUAUUGACAUUGCUAGUAAUUUUCACUGUGGAUGUGAAGUGCCAACUAACUGCUAAUUUUUAUGCCACAACAUGCCCUAAUCUCUUUCAGGUUGUGAGGAAACAAGUUCAAAUUGCUGCUAUGAAUGAAAUGAGGAUGGCGGCUUCGUUACUUCGACUACACUUCCAUGAUUGUUUUGUCAAUGGUUGUGAUGGGUCUGUACUAUUAGAUGGAAGCGACAGUGAGAAGUUCGCUUUUCCUAACCAGAACUCCUUAAGAGGGUUUGAUGUUGUGGACACUAUCAAAACCGCGGUGGAGAGUACCUGCACUGGAGUUGUGUCCUGUGCUGAUAUACUGGCCAUAGCUGCCCGCGAUUCUGUAGUCCUGAGUGGAGGACCUUCAUACAGAGUAUUGCUAGGAAGGAGGGAUGGGAUGGUGGCUAACCAGACAGGCGCAAACACAAACCUUCCUUCUCCUUUUGAUCCCUUGGACAUCAUCAUUUCUAAGUUUGCUGCUCAAGGUCUCAACUUAACUGAUGUUGUUGCCUUACAAGGGGCUCAUACAAUAGGAUUAGCAAGAUGUGCUGUUUUCAAUUCAAGGUUGUUUAACUUCUCUAAUUCUGGAGCCCCAGACAGCACUAUGGACACUAACCUAGUAUCAAAACUGCAGAGCUUGUGCCCUGUCAAUGGUGAUGGGAACAAGACAACUGCUCUCGACCAGAACUCGACUGACUUAUUCGACAACCAUUACUUCAAAAACUUGCUCAACAAUAAGGGUAUUCUAGUUUCAGAUCAGGAGCUGUAUUCCAGUGAUAUGGCUAAUUCAACAACCAAGAGCCUAGUUGAGAGCUACAGCAAUAAUCCACACCUCUUUUCUAGUAACUUCAUGGACUCUAUGAUUAAUAUGGGGAAUGCAAAUCCAUUAACAGGGUCAAGUGGUCAGAUUCGAACAAAUUGUAGGGUUGUUAACUCAUAACUUCGCUAACACGAAUAAAAUCUAUGGCCCGAUUUGGGUAGUAGUUGUUAGUUGUUAGCUGGCCUGACUAGCUGUUAGCUGUUUGUAUUAGCUGGUUUGACUAGCUGUUUGUGUAAAAGUGUUUGGUAAAUUAGUUGUUAGUUGUUUAAUAUGUAAAAUGACCAUUAAGGACAUUGACAUAUUUGUUGUGAACCUGAGUUCAAGUUGGCCGCCUAAGACAAUCCUAUGGUUUAAUAGAAGUAUAUGUAGAUAGAGUCUGUAUUUUUUAAAUAGUGCAGCAUAGUUUCUUUGUGUUCUAGAGGAAGAUAUAGAGAUAAAUAAAUGAAUUGAUGAAUA